AUGGGUGAUGAAAUGGCAGCAGUUGUUUUCGCUGAGGACUACGAUCUGUUACUGGACAACACGGUGUCCGAGGAAGAAAUGCGGAGAAUGUCCAAUCUCGACUUCGACAAGGGUUUCUACCGAAAGCGCACCUCCUACUCCAGCCGAGCUACAAGAAUCAAACCAGUGAAGACUGUGGAAGAGGUGGUACAGGACAUCCACAGACAACUGGGGAAUGAUUACUUGGCGGUAUGUCAGCUGGCGUUGGUAGCUGAGGUGAAGAAGUGUAAUAUCGUGGUCUGGGAAGCAAAAAUGGGAGGUGGGCUUCGAAUCGUGGAAAUAGGCGAGACCACGGGCUGUUUCGUUGGCAAUCUUUUUGGGAAGGAUUUUCUGCACCUGGUGUACAAUGACUGCGGGGGCCACGUUGCAGAUAAUUAUGCUGAAGGUGCGGUUAUAGUGCGCGACCCGAGCAGCAGCAACGUGGCGGCAGCACAGAUGAACCACUUCAGCGCUAUCGUGAUCCCACAAGAACUCGUGCCAUGGGCAUUGCCGUACAUGCUCGCACGGGGUUCCUCCGGCGAGUCUGUUUUUGGGCAUAGGAAGGCUGCAGACGAUUUUUGCCCGUGUCCAACCACAUCGGACAAGCGUUCGACGAAACACCGGGGCUCUUCCAUUGCUGUCGACACUGGUGAUGAUGACCAAACCGAGACAAACAGCAGCGUGCGAUCUCCCCGCUCUGCUGGAGGUGCCCGGUCAGUCACAACCGCACCCACCGGCGUAUCAAAGCCGGAGGUGCCGCUGGGGAAAGCGGCGAUCAAGCGCGCCACACUUCCUUCUGCCAGCAGCAUGUCGGCGACGCCCGUGGUGAAUGAGACGCCGACGCCGGCGGAAACUCCAACCAAGCUCGCCAGCAGCAAAGCGCAAGAGCUGUCUUCAGAUGCGGCGAAGUCGGAGACGCUAGAGGGAGGUGCUGCCGGCGCAGAUCCGUCAAAAAAGAAGCACGGAAAGCGCAAGCGCCGCGAGACUUGCAAUGCUUUAUUCGCCAGCGGGAAAAGGCAAGGGCAGCGCUGUGGGGCCGAGGCGAAAUCCCCCUGUGGUACGCUCUGUAGCAUGCACAGUAAGAAGGGUGGCCAGAACCGUACUUGCGGUAGGGGUGGAAACGGCGGUGAUGACGAAACGGAAUACGUGCAGGAGCCUGAGG